CACACGCUUACAUAUGACAGUGCAACAUGGAGGAAAAUUUCUCAGUUUGCGAAUUCAAAUCAAGAGUUUACCGGAUGUGAAAAAAGCAUUUUCAAUAUUGUGAGAAGCAGUAAAGCAGUUUCUACAAAUAAAAAGUAUGAUGUGUAUUUCAAAAAAUUUAAAGAAUGGUGUAUUUCAUAUAAAGUUAUUCCGUUACCUGCAAGUGUAUCCUCCGUUGCAGUUUAUAUUAGUGGCCUUGUGCAGCGAUCCGUAUCUGAGUCUGUUUUAUUAGCUCAUUUUUAUAGCAUAAAGUGGUAUCAUGAUUUCAGUUUAGUGUGCAAUCCGUGUGAAGACAAGCUUUUUCAGAUGAUGAUUGAAGGAGCUAAGAGAAUUCUAAGUAAACCAGUUUUGAAAAAAGAGCCAAUUACAGCAGAUCAUUUACAGAAGAUAGUGGACAAAAUUGGUAGUGAUCGUGCUCAUUUACCGAAUGUUAGAAUUUGUGCUAUGAUGUUAGUUGGUUAUGCAGGAUUUUUACGCUACAGUGGGAUAGCAAAUUUAAAAAUGUGUAACAUAAAAUUUUUUGACACUUAUGUUUCCUUGAAUAUUGAAACUGGGAAAACUGAUGUAUAUAGAAGGGGUAAUAAUGUUAUAAUUUCUAAAACAAAUUUGCCUACCUGUCCAGUAGUUUGGUUAUUGACAUACAUUAAUUUAGCUAAAUUGGCUUUGGAUUCUAAUCAAUAUGUGUUUCGUUCUGUUAGAUUUUUUAAGUCAAUAAAUUCUUAUAAGUUAGCAGAGGUUAAUCGUCCGUUAUCUUAUACUAGAGCUAGGGAGUUACUUUUGGGCACAUUAACUGCGAUUGGUCUUGAUUGUAAACUUUUUUGUCUUCAUAGUUUGCGCAGCGGUGGUGCAACUGCUGCUGCAAGAAAUGACGUUUCUGAUCGUUUAAUUAAAGAGCAUGGAAGGUGGCGUACCGAUUUUGCUAAAGAUGGUUAUAUCAAAGAUUCUGUUAAAAAGCAACUAACGGUUUCGUCAAAUCUUGGUAUAUAACAGGUUAUAGAUAUUUAACAAUUUUGGUGAUAUUAUUCAGCUCAAUUAUACUAUGAAUUUGCUAUUUUUUCCCUUUGUCUCGAGGUUAUAGCGAGUAGCACACCUACUUUAUGUCGUUUGUUCUUUGUUAAGGCCAUAGAAUAUUAAUUACUUUAUAUUCGGACGAACGUAGUGAGGGAGAAUAUAAAUAAAAUUUAGUUCGUCGUACGUAAGUAGUUCAUGAAUAUUCAUGACAUGUGACCAUUUGUCCGCACUUAAAACCCGUGCGGUCAUCUUUCUGACCAUCGACUCUCGCUAUAGCCUAAAAGUAGACACGUGUA